AUUGAAAUGGAUUCAUAAUAAGAUGUUGAAUGUGAUUAAUGUUAGACAGUACCAGAGACUUAUGUAAAAUUAGAAUGUGAUCAUAAAUUUUGUUUGAUAUGUUUGGCCUAUAAUUACUUAUAAAUUUAACAAGAGAAGUAAAAUUUAGAAGAACUUGAAAGAGUGGCAGUAUGUUUUAAAUGCAAUCAACUUACUAAACUGGAUUAAGAUACUGUUGAAGCUCUUCAUAUGGUCAUAAAGGAAAUCAUAGUUCCGUUAAUUGAAUAAAAUUAAAUUAAUCAAAAAUCUAAUAACGACAGUGAAGUAGUUGAAGUAAUAGAUGAUUUACAUGAUUUGGGUGUAUAAAAUGUUGGAUCUUAACAUUAAUCAAAUUAAAAAAAUUCAUUAGUAAACGAAAGACUAUAAAUGUAUUUAGAGCGAUUAGAAAAAAGCUUUAAAUCUAAGUUUGAAGCUAUUAAAGAUAUUUAAGAUCAAAAACACUAAUUUCAAUAAAAAUGUAAAUAAACAAAGGAUGAAAUUAACAGCUAAUAUUAAUAAGUACUUUUUUGUAAAGUUAUCAUUAGUUUAUUUUGAGUUUAGAAUAAAAGAAAAACUAAACGUUUAAUGAUAUAAAUAGUUUAGAAAUGAUUCAAUUAUUGGAUAUUCAAAAGUAAGAAAAGGAUUUAGAAUAGUAAAUAUAAUAAAUGGCAUAAUUUUAAGAAGAAAUCAACUCAUUGAUCUAUUAGAAUUUAAAUAAAUCUUAAGAAGAUAUAAGCAAAUUAUUAAUUGAUAUAGAAAAAUCUUUAAAUGUUCCAUCUUCAUCUCUCUAAAUAGUAAUUAUAAUUAUUAUUUUAAAAGAAAUCUUCAAUAUUAGCUACAUAAAGAUAAUUACUUAAAUUAUCAACCAAUGCUUAAUCUUAAUUAUGUGCAACUGUUCCUAAUUUAUUAUCAGACUUCCCUUAAUCUUUAAAAUAAAAAGAUUUAUUUAUAAAGAAUUCUAAUUCAGAGGAAAAACCUUUAGAUUCUAAACUUAAUGUUCACUUUGAAAGAUAAGAUAGACUUAGCAAAUUUAGCCCUAUUAAAUCAGAAAAGUUAAAUGAAUUAUGGCCUAAAAAUGAUAAACCUCAUUAAUCAUUAGAAAAAAUUAAUUUUAAAGAGAGUAAAGAUCUUCAUGAAUUUAAAGAUUACAGAGAUAAGGAAAAAGAUAAAAAAAAUUAAAAGAUUUUAACUUAAGAAAGUGUGAAUGCAAAUGCUAAAUCAAAAUUUAGAUAUGAAGAUAGUGAUGAAAAGAGUAAGAAUAAUAAUUCUAAAAAAAUAAUUGAUAGUUAAAUAUCUUAAAAGAAUAAUCUAGUGAGUAAAUGGAAAGAUUAAUUAUUUGAUGUUUUUGAUAAAAAAACUAUUAAGUAACCUGAAUCUCCAAAAAUACCUGAAAAAUAAAAUUAUCCUAUUCGUGAUAUUCCUUAUCAUAGAGAAUCAUCAACUCAUUAUCCAAGAGAAAAUAAAAACUCUCAAGAAAAAUUGACUGCUAAACAAUAAUUGAUAAAUCGCGCUUGUACAAUACAUGAUGUUUUAAAUAUGCAAUAUUAAAAUUUCAUGACUUAGAAAGAAAACCUAAUAAGAAGAUGA